CAAAAAGCAUACAAAAUAAAAUACAGUUAAGCAUUUCCAGUAGUUCACACUAUGUAACAUGCACAAACUGUACAGACUUUCAGUUCAGGAGGGAGUAGAACGUUUAUGUGGGUGUGAUUAAUAUAAAACAUAAUUCGUUUCCCCAGAAACAGAAAUAACUCAGAAUAGUAUAAACUCUUCUUUAUUUGGAGUAACGUCAGUGCCGCUUCCCACGCCUGGUCUGCUUAUUGGACUGUGAGAAAGAAAGUUUUGGGGGAUGAUGCUGAGAGGAAACAACCCCGGUGGGGUAAUUAGCUCGGGGGGCGGAGCUUAAAGCCCAUCUGCGUCCCUCACAGUCAGGACCCUCAUAACCGCUGAGCACCUCCGGACCCUCCGUGUCUUCCUGGCGGCUCCGCUCCUCCCGGCUGCAAGAUGAUGAACAGAGCGCACGCGAGUCACGUAUGGCCGUCCACUGCGGUCCUGCUGCUCAUCUGUCCGCUGAUCUACGGAACCCCGUCCAGAUUUAGUUUAUUCCAGGGCUCCCCGUACUCCAGCAGCGUUCACCAGCAGAGGAACAAAAACUGGUGUGCAUUCGUGGUGCACAGGAACGUGACCUGCGCUGUGCUGGACACGGAGAGCGUUGUGGAAGCCCAGGCUGCCCCCUGUCCACCACAUCAGCCCCACUGCGCUCAGAGCCUCAUGUACCGUACCCACAUGAGGCCAAUGUACAAGGUGGGCUACAAGCAGGUGACUGAGCUUGAAUGGAGAUGUUGCCCAGGUUAUCGUGGUCAUGACUGCAUGGAGCUUAAGGAUGUUCCAUCAGCUCCUCAUAUUCUGCAAGAACCACACCAAGAUCCACCAUCAAUCCCCAGGCAACAACAGAGUGUCCUUGGACCAGAGGUCACUUCUGGUGCUCAUCCCUGGACACACCCUGGACAAAGUGGACAAAUCAGGCACCCCUGGACUGAGGGUAGAGAGUCUGCAAGACAGGGAGAUCAUCAUGAUAGUAAUCGAGUUCAAGAGUUAGAAGAGGAAGUGCAGCGUCUUUCGCAAACAGUCCUUGACUUGCAGGCUGCCAUGACUACUGCCAAUGCUAACUUGCGCCUUGACCUGCAAGAAGAUGCAAGCAAGAUAAUUCUGAACCUGCUUGGUAAUCUACGGCAGCCGCAGGGUGCCCUAGCUGGUGGCACGGAGAGCAUCUUGCUGCCCUCAGAUAUCCCGAUUUCUUCAGCUGCUGAAGAGCUUCAGAACCAGGUCACACACCUUUCCAACACAAUCAGCACAAACACCAACUCCAUCCAGGAUCUGGAGACAAAGCUUUUGCAGCUUGAAGGACAUGUGAAUAAGCUAAGAGAGACGGAAGGGCAUACCAUGGCUCCACUGCCUUCUUCUGCCUCAACCGCUGAGUGCCCAUGCCAGGCUUACGUUGACGCAAAACUUCAAGACCUCCGUAAGGAGCUGCUGGAAGGAAUGGAUAUUAAGAUGGCGGAUUUGAAGAACUCUUGUGACUACAAAGUGCUGUCAGUUAAAGAGCAUUGUGAAGAGCAAGAGAAUUCCUAUCUUAGUCUUGCAGAGCUCCUUGACUCCAAAGAGGCUGACCUUCGUCAAGAGAUCCAGGACCUACGGAACUUUAUUUCAACAGGCGCCCCCUAUGGGUUAGAUGUCUCAGACCUUCAAAAGGAGAUCCAGGACCUCAAGAAUGCACAGAGGAACUUGGCUAGUGCCAUGAAUGCAACAGUCAUGAAGCAGAAGGCUCACGAGGAGGCAUUGGAGCCCAGGUUUAACUUGGCAGAAAGGAGAGUAGCGGAGAAAUGCCUCUACCUAGAAGACAAGUUGAGGAAAGAGAGGGCCAAAGAAGAGGAGGCACAGACCAAAGCAUUAGAGAGCAAGAUCAAUGCAGCUCUACAAGUCUUAGGAGGCACGCAGUCACAGAUAAUACCAACAGGUCAUGCAAACGGCCAAAAUAUAGUAGAGAUGGAAGAACACACACAGAGCCUGAAGGGUGAAGUAGAUUCUCUCACACAGCAUGUCAAAAAUUUGGAGAACUCAAUCAGGAUACUCAAUCAGUCGGUCAGCCGUCAAACUCCUAUGGAUGGGCUGUAUAACAGACUGGACAAACUAGAGGAAGACUGCGGGAAGAGCCAAGAAUUGUCUAAAAGGCUUGAGGAGAUAUUGUCUGGGGUUGAUGGACGGGUGGCCAGUGUCGAGAGCGUUUGUGGCAGGUUGGAGCCAGUGUCGGACAGUUUGAAAAGAAUCAAAGAUGGACUCAAUAAACAUGUCAAUGGUCUUUGGAACUGCGUCCGACAGCUCAACAGCACUGUCCUCACUCACUCAAGAGAUAUCAACACUUUGAGAGCAAAUUUCCACACCACAGUGGGCGGGCAGGAUGGAACCACUGGCACUCCUCAGUACACAGGUGUUCGGGCAGGUAUGGAAGACUCUAGUGUUUCCAUGGCGACAGGCUCUACUCCUCCUGUUUUGGAGUCUGGAGAAGCAGGCCCUCCUGGAACCAAGCUUUCAUCCCGGCCCCCUCAGGGGGCCAACGGUAGUAUGACACCUGUUAAAGGCUACGCCGCAGCACCAGGCUAUCCUCCUGUCUCUCCUGCCUCCAUCACACCUCACCUUCUUUCAGGUCAUAAGAGCACAAGCACUCCUGUAUCGUUUUCGGCUGGUCUGACCCUCUUACCAUUUUCUGGAGAUGUUGCCAUCAUCCGCUUUAACCAUGUGUUGCUGAAUGAUGGGGGACACUAUGACCCACUUACAGGUUUAUUUACUGUGCCCACCGAUGGACGGUACCUGCUGAGCACUGUAAUAACAGCCCAGAGGGGAGCACGAGUGGAGGCCAUUCUCUCAGUGGCCAAUCGCAACAUACAGAAGCUGGACACAUCUGGAUCAGGGGACAUGGAGUGUCUUUGUGGAGGCUCCGCCUCCGCCAGCCUCAUCUUAGAUCUUAAACAAGGCCAGAAGGUCGGGGUGGUGAUGACUUCUGGAACACUAGCGAUUUCAGCAUCCACUGAGGUUCUUUCCACAUUUAGUGGAGUUCUACUUCAUCCUUUACCAGCUACAAGAUAACGUACAGCUAAAGAAACAUCAGGGCUAUCAAUGUACAGUGUGGUGAUGUUCCUGCUUUAUAGCAUAUGGGAUGAACAAAAUAAUGAAAGUAUUUGCUAGAAAAGGAGUAUUUUGAAAAGGCUCAAUCUCACUUAAAUGCAAUAUACAGUUUGUUUCAUACUUUUAUACAUAGUUACUGUAAAUAAAGUACACUUUAUUUGAAGGCUGCCUACAUAGGGUUGUCAUAACAUAUGCAGAAGCCCUGAACAGUUGAACUUCUAAGGCAUACAUCUAGUUAAGAAUGCUAUAUAUCGGUUCAGU